UAGUGAGGUGGCCUUUGACAUUCCACUGACGUUUAGCAAUUGCGGUGUAUAAUGUCGGAGGUACAGAUGUUAUUAAUUAUGUGAUUUUUUAACAGAAACACAGCCGCAAUUCGCUUGAUUAACAUUCCUACACACAGUACAAUAUAUAAACUGGUUGGAAUAUUAUUUUCUUUAAUCCCACUUACAAUGACACAUUCAUAAAAUCGGUUUUAAAAGAUCGGUUCAGGAUUUUAAAGAUAUACUGGCAAAACUUAAAUUUGCUCCGAAUCUAGAUUUCCCCCAAGAACAGAGCAUUACCAGCUUUACAUUGUUAUCUUCUGAGAUCUCCGAUUACGGUAAUAAUGGGAUUUUAAAACCAUGAGGAGUUUCAAAAUUUCCCUGCAGUAAAAGGUAGUAACCCUCCCGAGGCGAUGUCACGUAUCACAACCCCUUUCUAAUUAAUCUAAACUACAUUCAGGCUCGUGACACACCAGUGAAUCAGUGCUAAUUAUUAAUGUUGUAGGAUCUGAAGAUUGUGAAAAACAGGAAAUUGAAAUUUCCAAAUUACUCAAGAAUAGCAUGGGAGAAGUCAGUGAAAACCCAUUGCAAAUGUCUGAUAUACAGGAAAAAUCCAGCUUAGAAUACGAAAUUCGCGCCAAAAGUGAUCUCAAGAAUCACAAGCAAUCUCCAAAAAAUGAUCAAUCUAUUAGGUCAGAAAUACUCCACUAUCAAAAAUUAUUGUCUGACUAUGAGAAGACAAUAUCUAGCCAGUGUACGGAGUUAGAAAAGUUGAAACAGGAACAUGAAACGACGAGUAGGCACUUUGCCACACUGGAAUUGGCUUUUUCGGAUGUCUUACAAAAAUACGACCGAAGUAAAAUGAUAGUUGCCGGCUUUAAAAGUAACGAGGACGCCUUAACACAGAAUCUCCAAAUCGCCGAAGAAAAGUUAAAACAAAAUGAGGCAAAAUACGAGUCCCUAAAAACAUACGCAAAAUCUCAAAUUGAAAAGUGUAAUGUAGAAAUAUUAAAUGUUAGGGAUAAGUAUGAAUUCGAAAGUAGCAAGUUACGAGCGUUGAUUAAACGGCUGGAGAUAAAAUGUUCCUCGUUAGAAACAUCGUUAAAUCAAAAAACUGAAGAGUGUGACCAGUUGUCAGCAUUGUGUGAUGAUAUCACAGGGAAGCAGGUAUAAGUAAGCAUUUUCAUGGCCAUAAAAAUGUCAUUUGGUUUUUUGACUCACUAAUUUAUUGCUCUUGUUCUAUUUCAUGCGUUUUAAGGCAAGUAGGUACUUACAUAACAUUUUAAAUACGUUCAAAAUAAAUUAAUUUGACUAAUUGAUUACAAGAUUACAGUAUUACUUUAACGUGUUUAAAUUGACUAUCACAAAGUCGCAUUCAUAAUUCUAUCAGUUUACAGAUAAAGUCUUGUUAUCGUCUAAUUGAAUCGAGUUAAUAUUAAUAAAUGCCUUAUUCAAAUUGACAUUUUUCUGGUUUGGCUCAUCCAAAUAUAAUUUGUUUUGUGAUUGUUAUAUUUAGACAAUUAUUUUUGCAUCAUAAUUUUUAUAUUUUCUUAUUUACAUUUUGUAUUGUUGUUAAUUUAUAUUUUUAUAACGAUUUUUUCCGAUGUAACAUAUUAACUUACUAGGCGUAAGUAUAUAGUAUAGACAUAUUUAUUCUAUUCAUGCCUGUAACUUAUGAACUCAUUUGAAUUCGUCAUUCGCUAUUUAUGUAUGUGUAUAAGAAAUUUUGAGUAAUUCGCCUCUCUUCAGUUUUACAACGGUCGAAGCUAGGAGGAAUCGCUAUGCUAAUUGAGAUUAUUUAUUUUAUCUUCCAGACAAAGUUUACUUUUUUUCAAAUAAAAUUCACAUAUUUUUUGUGUGGAUUGUUCCUUUUUAUUAUUCGUAUCCGCUAUUGUUUUUUUGCAAUUGUAGAAAGUCUGUUUUAAACAUUUUAAUUAGCAUAGCCUAUAAUUGAGUUUACAUAUUUUAUUACGUUGUGUUCAUUUGAACUAGUUGUGUAUUUCGAAUAUUAGCGUUUAUCACUUUUUAAACAAAUGCAAUUAAGCUGUAAAAAUAUUAUUGACUUACAUUGUGAGCAUCCAACUUAGAUAUAGCAGCCCUUGUAACUGCAUUAAUUACUGUUAAAACUUAAAUUGUGGUUCUGCUUAUUUUAAGGUGAGAUGAACUUAAUAAAUAAAACAUGGUGUAAAUAUUUGGCUAUGGUAACUGAUUUUUUUAACAAAUUUGCACGUUUAAUGAAAUCACUUGAUCGGGUUAUAGUUUCAUAUCGUACAUCUUUCGAAUUAUUCGCCCAAUCUUACUGCUAAUUCGAAAAUUUUCGGUGAUUUUGCUAGUUUUGUUGUAGUUCUUUGGCAUAUCAGCAAGACUAUUGAGUAAUAUGAACAUAUUGUUUAAAUUAAUAAAUCUGUUAAUGCAACCACUAUAGACCCCUAUUAAAAUUAAGGUCUCUACGAAAUAGUGCUUCCUUUGAAAAGGUAUCUGGAUACAAGGUGACGAGUGUGUAUUAACCAAAUACAAAUGCAAGUUAAAAUACAUUGAUUUAUGUCACAUUUCCCAACAAAUUCAGCUUUUGUUGGGGUAUAUUUUCGUUAAAUGUAGACAGUUUUGUAAAAAGUAUCUAGUCUUAUAUUUUUCCUGUGAACAAUGUAAAUGUCGCAUGUUUGGAGAUGUUGCAUGAAUAUGCACCGUCUACAAUCUUGCGUAUUUAACUUAUUUUUAUGUCCUACAACUUAACGUAACAUAUUAAACAAAUUUUUAGUGUUCUCCACCGUGUAUAUUUUUAACUUGAGGUAUUUUAGAAUUUCUAAUAUUUAAGAUUAAAGAACUAGGUGCUAAUUUAGUAAGUACAUAUAGAAGGCUAUAUUUUCUGACAGAACAUCAUUAAUAAAAAUACGCUAGUCCAAUGUAUAGACAAAUCGUCAUCAACUCCUCACUAUUUUUGAGUCUCUGGUCUCUUCGUUUGAAUGAGACUACAUUAUUUAGAUUAGAUCCACAUUUAUAACAAUGUACUAGUCUGGUAUAUGUAUUUGUUUUAUAUUUUGUCCAAAUACGGUCUGUUACUAUUGUGUAUCACGGCCUUGCAAUAAAAUUUCUUUCUGUC